AUGGCGUUGUGGUUAAUUGUUGUUCGCGAUGACUCUAAUGGUGGUGGUUCAACUUUAUGUUUGACUGGAAGGAAGAAUGACGUUGUGCGUGUUGAUGACAUGAAGAAGCAAAGGAUUGAAGAAGAAGAUGAAUCUGCGUGUCUGAGAGCCGAAGAAGACGAUGAUGAACAGAUCUCCGGAGCAGCUGCAAGCGUUGGACCACGGUUGUUGUUGGACGGCACUGUGGAAGAGAUGAUGGACUGGAGUGGAGAGAGGAGUGGAUGGUGGUGGGUGAAAGAUCAUGGUCCUUGCUCUGACAGUGCGUUUGUGAUGCAUGUGUUGAUUGGUUGGAGGCAUUGUGAUCCUAGUGGGCGUAGGUGCGUGAAGGUGGUCGAGAUUGCGAAGUUGCUGGACCGGUGUGGGAGCUACGAAAGGAUGGGUCCAGAGGCAUUUAUUAAUCUUUGUGAGAGACUAAGAUCAACUGGGUUAGUUAAGGACGCUAUUCAGUCGACAGUGGAGGAACAAGUUGCUAAAUUUCUUCAUAUAAUUGGUCAUAAUGUUAAGAAUCGUAGUGUGGCAUUUUUCUUUCAUCGAUCAGGAAAUGAGGUUCAUCCACAUGUGUUGAACAACAAUCGAUUUUAUUCGUACUUUAAGGAUUGUUUAGGGGCCAUAGACGGUACUCAUGUUAGGGUAAGGGUUCCAAAGUCUAAAGCUCCGAGAUUUCGAGGAAGAAAAGAUUGGCCAACACAAAAUGUGUUUGCGGCAUGUGAUUUUGACAUGAAAUUAACAUAUGUUCUUGCUGGAUGGGAAGGCACUGCAUCUGAUUCAAGAAUUUUAAAAAAUGCUCUUGAUCGAGAUGAUCUGUUGGUUAUCCCCCAAGGAAAAUACUACCUUGGUGAUGCAGGAUUCAUGUUGAAAAGCACAAUUUUGACUCCAUAUAGAGGCGUAAGAUAUCACCUUAAAGAAUAUACACGCAGAGGACCACAAAAUGCACGGGAGUUGUUUAAUCAUCGCCAUUCAUCAUUGAGAAAUGUAAUUGAAAGAACUUUUGGUGUGUUGAAAAAAAGAUUCCCUAUCAUUACAAGUGGCACUGAACCACACUAUGGAUUGGAGACGAUGACAAACAUCAUACUAGCUUGUUGUAUAUUACACAACUUCCUUCGGGGCAUGGAUCACGAUGACUCAUUACUCGAUGAAGUUGAUAACGAGUUGAAUGAAAGGGAACAACAUGAUGUUUCAUCAUCUCAAGUUAGAGAAGAGGACCAUAGGAUUGGUAGUAGUAUUAGGGAUUCUAUAGCCGAUCAUAUGUGGCGAGAUUACCAAAACUCGUAG